CNCAAGAAAAGUGGAGAACAAUGCAACAGCUACUGCUACUACUGGAGAUCAUUCUACUUCAAAUCAAGCAAGAGAAAGUGUGAUCUUGCAGCAACUUGAAGAGCUGCUAAGAGAUAAACUGAAAGAAAAGUCAACCACUACUGGUGGAGGUAUGGUAGAUGAAGUACUUCAACAACUCCGGAGUUUAUUGCACCCAACUAACAAAGGAGGGAUAAAAACUGCACAUGAUCAUGCUUAUCUUACUGCUACUAAUCCUUAUGCUACUAUAAGAAGAGGAAACACAACUGGAAAGGGAAGCAACAAAUCUUCACGUCAUUCUGUUACCGAGCAGACCCUAACUAGCUAUCCUGUGAAUCACAGCAUCUCAAUGCCAGGCUCAAGACCUUUAAACAUGCUUCCUGAGCCUCCACCACCAUAUUCUGUAUCAGCUCCAACUCACAAUAGAUCAAUGCAGUAUUCGGCAUCAAUGAUGAAUCUUAAUCCCAAACCACAACCUCCUCCAGUACUGAGCCCAACACAUGCAAACAGUACCAGACAGCUACUCCAUGCAUGGAAGGAAGCUAGCACUGAUCACACUCCAUCAGCUCAUAAUAAAUCUAAUUCUAAGAAGACUCCUUCAGCUAUGCGACAGUAUGUUAGCUCACCUGACCUCUCUCCUCAAGAACAUCAAUACACAUCAGAAGAACUAAGACAAGCUGAAAUGUAUGGUACUAUCACUCGUCGUAGGAGCACUAAGAGAUCUUUGUCAUACCACCAGGAGGGGACAGUGCAUGCUAACACAUUAACUGAUACUCCUUUGUCUUCUCGUCAGCCUACUGCAGCACUAACGAUCCCACAAAACAGAAAACCUUCAAAAUGAGAUGAUCAAGGCUGCAU